UGGCGGAAAGCGCGUCUGCUUUUGAAAGUGCGCUACCGUAGUGUGUGUGUGUGUGAUGCUUUCCUGCUUUCGCCGCGUCUCUCCACGAAAUCGCAAGCUCUCGAUGAAACUUUGCUUGCUGUAAUCUGAUAUUUCGCCUCACACCGCUUGCAGACUGACCUCUUUGGUCUCUAAAACGCCCUAAAACUGAGGGCUGAUGCAACAUGGAAUGCGGACAAACUUUACUAAAGUCCCUCGAUCCCGUGAGCACGGAAAUAACGUUGAUCCGACUGCUCGAUGAACUCCAAAGCCGUCGCUCGAGCGUUUCUGCGAACCGGUCUUGCGUCGAAGAACUUACCACCCAGGCCGCCAAGCUGCGCGAACUUCUAUACUUCGAAAAACAGCGGGCCAAGGACGCCGAAGAACGCGCCGCGGGCGAGGGCGUCGGCAUCAAACUGAGCCGCGAAACCCACCUACGGCCGCUACUCCUGCGGAAAACGGACCUCGGAAGCCGUCGCGCAAAGUUGGAACAGAGACUGGCGGCGCUGGAGGAUCGCGUUCGCGAACUGGAGAACCAGCAAAUGAAGCUUCAAAGCAAGGCCAGAGAUCUGCGAGACCAGGCAGAGCGGUUGUCCAACUUGGAAUCGACUCAUGCAUCCCUCAUACGUGAUCUUCAGGAGGCUGGUCGCGCGACACUGAGCGACUUCCUCAGGGCAACCAAGCGACAGCACAAAGUGGAAACCGAGGCAGUCGAGACGCUGCGAAAGCACGCUGCCCUGGUUAGAGAGAGCGAAGCGCGCGUUGUUCGAAUUCAGUACUUGCUUUCAGAGAACUUGCUACUGAAGGAGAGUCUGAGAACUGCACAGACCCAACUGACCUGUUUAGAAGUUCACGACAACAGACACCAAGACUCCGAGCCACAAAUUAGCUUUUGCAAAGGUGUUGUUGAAACACUUCAAGAAGAUUUGGCAUCUUGUCGUUGCGAUUUUGAAGAGCUGCAGAGCGCUCUCAAGCAAACGGAUGUCAGCGACAUUGGGAUACAGACAACUACCGUCCAGGGCAUCUGAAGAGUCGAUAAAGACAUAUUCAGCAGAUUGUUUCUUCAAUGUUUGCAUUCAACAGAUAUAAAUACAGGCAAAUGUAUCCAAGCAGCAGAAUUCCUGUGCAGGACAUCAGCGUGUGUUCAGAAUGCUCAAGACCCAUGACAAAAAACAUUGAACUGUUCAUAAACGUGCAUAUUUUAUAAAUGCCUUUGUAGCAGAAAAUGUCUCGUCUAUUUUUACUUUUGGCAGAAGAUAGAACGUGCUGCUCUGGGGGGCUAUGUUCGACAAAUGUUUCGUUUCUCCUAAAGAGAAACGGAAGUGACGAUAUUGCGUCCGAUUGGUUAGAGGCUCAAGUGAUGAAAGUGUCCUCUUUCGUCAUUCCAGCUUCUAACCAAUCAGACCCAAAAUCGUCACUUCCGUUUAUUUUUAGGGGAAACGAAGCAUUUGUCGAACAUAGCCCUCCAGGUCUCCUUUACCAACAGGAAAAUGCAUGCCUGCACUGCACCUUUGACACAAAAUAAAGAAAGCUUUC